AUGUCUCCCUGCUCCAGAGGGCUCAGGUAUGAGGGUCUCCCUGCUCCAGAGGGCUCAGGUAUGAGGGUCUCCCUGCUCCAGAGGGCUCAGGUGAUCAGAUGUACCCAGGUGAACUGUACCUGUCAGUGUUUCAGACCAGCCAAGACCAACCUCAGGAUAUGUGACCACUGUAGACAUGGCUGGGUAGCUCAUGCAUUGGACAAGCUCUUCCAGCCUGCCCAGCCCCUGCUCUCUGCUACCCAAGUAGAGGUGGCCCAUCCUGGGGUAGUAUUUGACCUGGCCUCCCUGGUCCUUUAUGGAGCCACGGCUCUCCCCAUCAGACUGAAGAUCCUAUUAGACAGACUGCUCAGUGUACUGACCCGGGAUCAGGUUCUAUACAUUCUAAACAGUCUGGGGUGGACCCUUCAAGACUACUGUAGAGGAUACAUACUACAGAACUCGUCCGGCAGCGUAUUGGAGCGUUGGACAGUGGUCUGUCAUAAGGAAGAGAUUGUGACUCUACAGCAGUUCCUGAGGUUUGGAGAAACACGGACAAUCGUAGAGCUCAUGACCUUUCAGGACUCACUGGGAAAUGACCUCUCUGGUCCCUCCUCCUCCCGGACGGUCUCCAACAUCCAAGCAUUCAUUGAGAGCAACAGGCAGAGCGGCAUUCCGGCGACUGGGCACCAUUUUGAGAAGGGCAGUCUGGCCAAUCUCCAUCAUUUUGAUAACUUUCCUGCCAGUCUCUCUAUGCUCCUCCCAUUCCAGUUCCAUAGCCCCUCCCCCUUGCAGGGUUUGGCCCCUCCCACCAGGCUGGGUGGACUACGGAGGCCCGGGAGGGUCAAACGGAGCGAUGGACCACAGCACCAGUCAGAAAGCAGCGUGUCUGAGUCUGUGUCUCCAUAUGGUAACCUGAUGAGUCCGGUACCAGCUGCCGUUAACGGUCUAGGAGGAGAAAUAGGAAACGGAACUGGGACCAAGACGAUGGAACCUAAACCUCAACACAACGAGUCACCGACGAGGUCGUCGUCAGGGCUGCCACACCGUGACCACGACCAGCAGCAGCCGGCCGGUAACCAUGACGGUCAACGCCUCCACCGUCGUCGACUCAGUUAUCUACUGGCCCAGAGCCUGUUCCGUAUAGUGUCCCGCCCCUCCUCAUCCUCCUCCCUCCGUAACGACAGGCUCUUCCCUGAUGUGUCCUCUCCCCCCUGCUCCUCCUCCCGCCCUAAGGGCUGGCUCUUCCCUGACGUGUCCUCUCCCCCCUGCUCCUCCUCCCUCCCUAAGGGCUGGCUCUUCCCAGAGGUCUCGCCCUCACUCCGUAACGACAGGCUCUUCCCUGACGUGUCCUCUCCCCCCUGCUCCUCCUCCCUCCCUAAGGGCUGGUUCUUCCCAGAGGUCCCGCCCUCCCUCCGUAAGGGCAGGGUUUGCUGUGGUGCCUGCGACAAGAGCUUCUAUGACAAAGGAACCUUGAAGAUCCACUACAACGCGGUACACCUGAAGAUAAAGCACAGGUGCACUGUGGACGGGUGUGGUAUGGUGUUUAGCUCACUGAGGAGCCGCAACAGACACAGCGCUAACCCCAAUCCCAGAUUACACAUGGAUACACUUAGACAUGCAGCAACACCACACAGGGACAGGGAGACCCAUCCACAACAGCAACGACAACACACCCCUCUGACUCACCUUUCAAAACCCACCCCAGCCCCCCACCCAGAGCCAGACAAACCCUCCAGCCCAGACCCCUACAGGGGGCCCAUCUUCCCCAGGACAGGGCAUCCCUCAGUGGGCAUCACUGCUCCUCUGUCCUCCUUCCAGACCCAGCUAUUGGAUUCUUCUCUGGGAGAAGUCCAACCACUGUCUCAGUUCUACCGUGCUACACAACAGACCUCCCCUCUUCCCUCCUCCUCGUCUCUGUUGGACCAAUUGGCUUCUUCCUCCGGGUCAGUGGGAGGGGCCAAGGCUCUCGGAUCAUCCAAUCAAGGAGGUUGGUGUACUUCCGCUGAUCCUGCUCCCAAGAAGAAACCCCGGAAGUCUAGCAUGCCUCUUAAGAUGGAGAAAAAAGUAACUGUCUCAACGGAGGAGUGCAGACGACAGGGGGAGGAAGAGGAGAGAGAGGAAGAGGAGGGAGAAGGUAAUAGGACAGAGGCUGUUAAAACAGGUCGCUAG